AGCUUCGCGGCGGAGCUGAAGGCGGAGCUUCGGGCCGGCGUCGCCUUCCUCAGCCCGGCGGGGAGAGCGAGGGCUGCUCCGAAAGUAAUGCCUCCUACGUUACGGCGUCGGCCCGCCGUCGGGAUGUCGGCGGUGGGACCACAGCAGGGGCUGAGCCCGCCCGUAUCCCGCUACGCGCUGCGGCCGGGGGACGGACGGGGCGGUCUGAUGUGGAAUGCGGAUGGAACGAAGGGCCGGGACUGAAUUCCUCCGCGUGGGAACAGUGGCACACAGCGACAUUCGACAACGCUCGCUGAACGCCGACGGACACCGAACGGCGCGGGACCUCAGGGCGGACCCGCGGCGCUUCGCCCGCAGCCCCGCCCCGCCCCCUCUGGGCCGCACUGCGCAGGCGCGUUGCCCCGGCCGCGCCCGCCGACCCGGAAGCAGCCGGCGGCAAGAUGGCGGCGUAGCGCCCGCGUGCCGUUGGGGCCCCGCCAUGGCGGACCUGGGCCGGCAGCUGCACGAGUACCUCGCCCAAUCCAAGGCCGCCCCCGCCCCGCCGCCCGCCGGCGGCCCGCAAGAGGAGCCGGAGGGGGAAGGCUCGGGAGCGUGGCCGAGCGCCUUCCCUGGCUGGCGCUGGCCGUGGGCGGCCGAGGCGGACCCGUGGCUGCCGGGGCUGUCGCCGUGGCAGCGGCUGGCGGGCGCCGCGCUGUGCCUUCUGCUGGCCGCCCUCUGCUUCGGGCUGGCCGCGCUGUACGCGCCGCUGCUUCUGCUCCGCGCCCGCAAGUUCGCGCUGCUCUGGUCGCUGGGCUCGCUGUGCGCGCUGCUCGCCGCCGCGCUGCUGCGCGGUCCGUCCCGCCUGCUGCGGGAGCCGAGCCGCGGCUCGCUGCUGUACGCGGCGGCGCUGGGCGGCACGCUGUACGCCGCGCUGGGGCUGCGCAGCACCGCGCUGACCGCGCUGGGCGCCGCCGCGCAGCUGGGCGCCGCCGCCUCCGCGUUGCUGGGCGCGCUGCCCGGAGGGGCCGCCGGCGCCCGGCGUGUCGGAGGGCUCCUGGUGACCGCGCUGCGCCGCGGGGCCGCGCUACCCGUGUGAUGUACGGGAGGAGCGUCCCGCCGGGCUUCCUCGCGAGAAGGCGGCGCGGAACGGCGGCGAUUCCGAACUCAAGCGCGGGACAGCGCCCGGCCCCGCCGCGUCUGGAGCCGAGGAAGAGCGACUGCCCGGCGCCGGAGCGGAGACGGCGGUGGUGCGGGGCGAAGAGCGCCGAGCGGCCCGGUUCCCCGCGCCCGGUGCCGCCUCGGUGCCGGGAGCCUUAGCGAGCGCCGUGCGCUCUUCCUGCACAGAAACCGCUUAUAAUUGGCAUCCAGUAAGUGAAACAGGCUGCGGGGCUGUGGGUCGGCAGGCCUGUGCUCGGGUAGGGCAGGACCGUGCGAUGUGCUGUCCUGCUUCCAGGAGCCGCGGAACGGCACGGCGUGCCCCUCGGCGAGCUCUGCUGCGGAGCGGGCUGCUCGGCUCUGCCUUGGGGCUGACCGCCCUCCAGCGCCUCGGACGGAGCCGGCCCAGCUCUCAGAUUUGCCUCAAAUCACUGCUUAGGGAUACAGCGGGAAUUGUCAAACGGGGGUGCUUACAUGUACGUAGACAGCUUUAAUAAUAAAACGACUAUUUGUGUACCAAACGUCAGCGUAGAUCUUCAACCACCGGUCACUUCUUUCCUUGAGCUGUAGACUGAGAUAACGUUAAGUAGGUCUGUCCUUUUGAUAACUGCUAAGCUACGGUGUGCAAUUUGUAGCAGUGGAAUUGGAAGAGAUGGCAGGGAGAGGCUGUGAGCAGGCACAGCACAGCCAGGCUGCGUGCGGUGGUCAGAGCUGUGCCUGCACCCUGCUUUCAGCAGUAGGGCUGUGGUUGCACCCAUUGGGUUCCCUCUGUGUCUCCUGCUGUCUGUGGCUGUGGGAUUCUAUCUGAAAGUUAGCUCAUUGCCCUGUUUCUGUAUGACUUUCAUGUUCCACAACAGUGGAAUGUUUCAAAUCUUAGUUUGAAAAGCUGCCAUGAUGAAUUUUAGCAAGUACAAUAGUGGGGCUAGCCAAGCAGCAGGGGAAAAAGAAGCAUUUUCCCUCGUGUCCAGGUGCAGAAUGCUGGGUUCCCUGCUGUUAGGUGCGCUCCAGUUUGCUUUGGUAGAGGACUGUUGGGUAUUAAGGGCCAAGACCUCUAAAUUAGAUACUUGAAAUACUACAAAGAAGUCGCUUUCAGUCCCAUUAAAAAAAAAUAAAAUACACAGGGCUUGUAUUAUUAAAAAAAAAAAAAAAAAGGAAAAAAAAAAAAGCCAACUCUGUAUUUUCCCUUCAGCACUGAUUAAAUCUUCAGUGUUAAAAUUUAAAGAGAUCCCUGAGGUGCACCCAGCACGGCCCUUCUGCAAGUAGAGCAAAAGGGAUCCCUUUGUGCUCCCCAAAGGUGAACCUGCUCCCUCCAAGGUGCCCUCAGCUCCUUCCCAGCCACCACCUUUCAGAUCAUGCUAUAGCCAGAAGACAAGGAUGCUGUAGGCUAAUGAGCACCCUUAAUUGCUAUGAUUUUUAAUGCAAUUUUGUAGGCUACAAAUUAAAAACUGUAAAAUGUUACUUGUGACCAAGAGAGCAGCCACUAAGCACCUCUGCUCUGAUCUCUUAAAUAAGAUGGAUGAGGAUAGAGUAGGUCAGUCUUUAAAAGAGAUGUGACUGUAUCAGAAGUCGGAUAAAGUAGCUGCUGUGCAUUGCUGUGCUGUGCAGUAGUUUUGCCAGCUGUAGAAUUACACUGCUGUAUGACUGUGACUAUUCUAACAGCUUGAAGCUAAAAGAAGGGGGAUUUAGAGUAGACGUUAGGAGGGCAGUGAGGCACUGCUGCCCUCAGCUGUGUGGGUGCCCCAUGCACGGAGGUGCCCAAGGCCAUCAGUGGGGCCCUGGGCAGUCAGAGCUGGUGGGGGCAGCCAGCCCAGCACAGGGGUAGGACUGGGUGGGCUCUAAGGUCCCUUCCAACCCAAACCACUUCAUGAUUCUACAAAUUUCCAGUGGGUAGAAAAACAGCCUGGUGGUGAUAGUUUUCAUGAUAGUUUGUUGUAUAGUUUUAAUUGAGGACCUUCCUGAGAGCUGGCUUUUGAGUACGUAUAAACUUCUGUACGAACUUUUCAUUCAGGCUUAAGCCAUUAAUGAGCCCUGUGGUAGCCUGGUGACUGGAGAUGAUUGAUGUGAAUGAUUUUUUAUGGGGACAUUGGAUACUUGUGAUUGCUAAGCAACAAAAAUGUGGGAAAUAUAAAUAACCUCUGCUCAUCCCUCUCCUGUGGGAAAACCAAAGAACAGUACCCUAAAGAUGUUCAGAAACAUUAAGAUGACAGCCAGAAACCACUGAGUUCUGCACUUCAGCAGACCAGAUGCUGCUGGACACCCAUAUCUGUAUGGGUAUCCUACAGCCACUGUAAAACGUUUGCUUCCAUAUGAAUCAAAUUGCUAAACUUCCCUUUCCUCUUCAAUUUCUUUAAGUGCUGUUGUGAACAGAAGUAUCUGACUCCUGCAGCUGAAGCACAGAAUGACAGUGCUCGUUAUGCUGUCUAGUUUGCUAGCAGUCCAGGUUAUAGAUGCACUAUGUGUAUGACAGCUUUUUCUAAAUGGUGUUCCCUGUUUUUCUCUUUCAGGAUGGCAGACCAGCAAGCAGCAGUGACUUCCUGUGCUCUGGAGUUUUAAUGUCAGCACCUCUGGUUAUUUAUAGACAGCUGAGACUGCAGGCAAAAGAGUUCUCUAUAGACGAUAAACCAAAAAUGAGGCAUAAGCUGUUAGUACUGCCCACAGAUGAGACUUCAGGAGGUAGUUUGUUGCUCCAUCUGAUACACAAGUUUGUUAAGAAACAGCACUUUAUAGGAAUAGGUUCCAUAUCUCCAUGGCAGCCCAGAAGAUUGACAGUAAUCAGGCAAUCCCUUGGGGAUUAAAGGAGAUUAUGUCUCAUACAGUCAGCGAGGACUUACUUAAGUCAGGUCCCUCUAAAGUGCCAGCCAUACACGAUCUCAUCCCUUACAGCUAUCUGCAGUUCUUUGUAUACUUUUAUUGCAGAACACAACAAAACCAAGAGAACCGGAUAAAGGAAUGGUUAAACCACAUCUGCCAUGGCGUGUGCAAUUCUUAGUCACCCCAGUCACAAAAUGAUAAGUUAAAACUGAAGCGAGUAUAGACGUGGUAAGAAGGGCAGUAAAGGAUACAGAAUGCAUUCCAGAGACAGCACACGAAUGGGUGAGAGCUCUGGCAUAGAGAAGAGCCAGCUGAGGAUGGAAGUUUAUGCAGCCAGAAGUGGCAUUCAGAAAUACCAACUAAAAUACAAGCCAUCACUGAAUGGAAGUAGUGAAUGAUGGGCUUAAGAAGACAAAAGCUUUUUAUUUUUUCCAAUUAAGCUUUAGAGCUCUGUCUGUGGAUGUCACAGGUUCCAGCGAUUCUUAAAGCUGGAUAAGACUUCUGUUGAAAAACACACCAGUGUUGCACGAGGUUUUCAAUACGAGGGGCUUAUCUACCUUUUCCCCUCUCCUCUGGAGGUCCACCUGGAGCAUCCAUUUCCCUGGGGUCAGAGGUCCCUGGUCCAUCGUGCCAGGGACGUUUACGUGGUGGCAGUGAGGCCAUGUCCAUGCCCUGGAGCGAAGAAGAACGUUCUCGGUUAGCUGGAGAAUGUCCAUCAUGAGGAGGGUGGUCUGGACGAGGACCUGAUGGAUUCUGGCUUCCGCCCACCUUCAAAGCGUGGAAUUUCAUCGGGGGUAGGAAGCAGACCCUUCCGGCCUCCUGAGCAGCACGAGAUGCAGGGAGAGGAGUGAGAAGAGACAAUUGCAUUUGUGAAACUGUUGCCGUUUGCCCAAGAAACACACUUGCUACCUUCUCCUUGUAUUUCACUGUGGAAGAAUGUUCCCCUCACCUCUAAUUGCACCACGACCUCGGCCCCGAGCACCAUGGUCCCUUCCUCUCAAGUUUUCAUCUGGGGAGUCAAAAGUGUCAUCUGGCCCAAAAUCUUCCGGACCAGGAAAGCCAUCUCUCCCCCUGGGUCCCCGGCCCUCGUGUCUCGAGGGUCCUCCUCUUCUGAAGCUACAAGAAAGAACACGGUACACCUUUAGACAAGGUUUACAUUGAUAAACUUGAGACAGUUGGUUAUUAAGCUGUUUUCUGAACCGUUUCACAUAACACUACAGUACAUACAGCUAUCAGAACAGGAUUUGUGGGUGGAAAAGUGCUCAAUGUCUGUCUCUGAGCGCUUUGUUUAGCUAUUUUGUAUAGUUUUUCCUCACUUCUUUCUGUUGUGUUGGUUUUGGUUUUUUUUUCCAUACAGAAAAUACUGUCAAGUAUAUUUGCAUUCAUUUAACAAGGAAAAAAAAAAAAUAAAAACAGUGAGAUAGAUAUAAGGCAAGGCAAGGAGAAGGACAAGUGAAUUUCUCUUAGCUGCAGUGCUCUUGCUUUAAGGGAUUACAAACGAAGCAGGAAAAAUAAAAGCAGUGAGAGUCAAGGCUGUAGUGAAACAUUUCAGCAUCACAUUCCUAUGGAUUCUGGAGUCUCUUGCUAGAACAUUCUCUUACUCAGUCCCUCCACAGAGGAUUUUUUAUUCUUUUUUUCUUUUUUCUUUUUAAGUUUACAAUGUUGAGAAACGAUUCUAGGCUGCACUUGGCUCAGCAGGGAUGAUGACUGCUGAGCAGUGUGCACGGUGGCUUUCUACAACCUCACCAGCAGCUUAUCCAUCUGCAGUAAACGAAGAGCUCUGUUCUGCAAAACGUAGCAGUGCCCCUCACGUCAGUAAUUUCUACUCCUAGUCAGCACCAUGGCAUCUUCAGUAACUGGAUGCGAUUGGCUUUUGCAUCUCAUCUGAACUGAGUACAGCUCCUCCAGUAUCACACUGGGGUCUUAACACAGAUCUUCAGAGGGAAGAACGCUUCUGUCUUAGCUGUCAGUGCCAUUGCAGGUCUGUCUCCAUCUCCCAGAAAACAAACACAAUACAGAGAGGAGGCUGCUGUGCCUGUACAGGUACAACAGUGGAUGGAGGGAGUGCUGCAUAUGGACAGUGAACCAUUUCACAUUAACCUGGGUGAUUUGUGAAAACAAACUCAGCAGUUUCAGGUACAAAUGGUUCAAAUAACCACAUCGCAAUGUUGUUUAGCCUUGAGACAGCACAGUCCUCUAGAUAUAUUCCUUAGAGGGUCUCCCAUUUUAAUACUGACUUGGUGAGAUUCUGCUUAGUUUGUAAAUUACCAAGAUUCGCAACACAAGAUCCUACGGCUACCAGGAGGAGGACCCUUCUCUGUGUUUCCAGGCAACCUUACGGACAAAGUUUAGCUUUGAAAUCUAUCACACCUAUGCCUGAUACAGCCAUGGCUCCUAAUAUUGGCUUAUGUAUAUCCUUUUUCACUUUUUCUCAUCAGUCACACGUAAAACCCUGCCUCGCAUAGGGCUCAGUUCCUGUUUGACUGCUCUCAUCUUCUUCCUUGAGGCCUAGGACCUUAACGUACAGAACUACACACUGUGCAGAUUAGCAGCAGGAAGAGGCAGGUCUCUGCAGUAGAAGCAUCAUGUUGAUAUGCACAGGUAGAGUGAGAACAGGACAGAGAUGAAAAGGAUGGGAAAUUAGAGAGAAACACACAUACACACACUUCCCUCUCACGUUUUUGACCAAACCAGUUACAAUCUAAAUUCCAAACCAAGUCAGCUAAACGAGCAGUCGGGAUUCUUAGGCUCACUUCAGCAUCAGCAUGGCAACCAAUUCACCUUCACUCAGAGGAAAUCACUAAGUGCAAGCACUGCGAGCCUUUCAGAGCCCUGUGAUGAUUCUUCUCCAGCUAACCGCUCUGUACAAACACUUGCACUGUGACAGACCCUCGUUAGCUCAGAAGUCAGAUUCCCAGGUCCUGAGAUGCCUGGACUACCCUCCUAAAACCUCUGUAAAACCAGGAUAAGAAUAAAAUAUUCCCCAAUCCCUAAACAUUCCCAAUAUAAGAUCUGAAAAAUCUCUACUGAGCUUCUAAAAUCAUUGUCUGCUACGUCUUUCAGAGUUAUGGAAGGCAGACUAUUCCACUCGGAUUCUCUCUUUUAAACGGCUUUGUUACCUUCUUUUUGUUCAUUUCCUUUCAUACUCUUCACACAAAAGGAAGGUACAUCUUUACAGAGCUAGGUAGAAAAUAGCUAAAAGAAGAGCUGUACAGAUGCAAAGUAAAAGGAAUGUAAGAAAAUGAUUAAAAGGCAACUAAAACACACAAAAUUCACAUUAUGUGGAGACCACAAUAUAUUCGUACAAGUACACAUUUUUAUACAUAUGGAGUUGGUGGUCAGUGAGAGGUUUAGACCUUGGAGGCCAAAUUUAACUCUGUUAAGCUAGCAUAAAUCUGGAGCAAUUUCAGUGACAGGCCGUCUUGCCAACUUUGAGCAAUUCCUCCAUGUUUACAUUAAUAACUAGAAGCAAAGUCAUCCCUUUGUGAUUGAUCUGGAAAUUGUGAGCAAUGAAGAGGACAUUGCUAUAAACUAGAUUAUUUUUGAGUUCUUUGCUUGGCAUUAAGAAAUAAGCCAGAAAAAGAAAUAAAAUUCCUACAAGCAAAAACAUGAGAAAAUAGUCUCGACAGUCCAACAGGCUGCAGAGCUCUGCCCCUUAUAUUUGAUAGUAGCAUCACUGUUCCUGCUCCUCACAAGUAUCUCACAGCUCGUUCUACAGUCUCCACAGUCAUCCUGCAGUUUGUGACUGGAGACAGAGUCUCAAAUUCCACUUCUAGUGUUCAAAAGUUUGCCACUUUAACCUUCGAGUUUCCUCUCAAUUUUCGUCAAAACGAUCUCAAAUCUUCAUCCUGUGUCACUGGAUCUUCUCUACAAAUUUCCUCCCUUCUCUUUACUUACUGUUUACAGACACGGAAGCUGCUGUGUACAAUGACCAUUUUUCAAGUUUUCUUCUAUUACUGAAUGAUUUUAUGGACUCUAUACUCAGGUAUAUUAGAGUUUUCAUUUCCUUAUUGGUUUCCAGUUUAUAAAUCUGAAACAGAUAGACUCCUUAAUGACAAGGAAACCAGGAAGAAAGAAUUCCCUCCGUUCACCCUUUACCCAAGAAGAACGAAUCGAUUUAUUCUUACCUCUCGUCUCGUCUUCCUCGGAACCGUGCAUCCUCAGGAUCCCGUGGAUAUCUAUCAUCUGAAGGUCUCCGUCCUUCCCAAGCACCAGGAGGGCCACGAUUUGAACCCCCGCCUUCAAAUUCCCUGUGAUCGGGAGGAAAGGGAGGCCCAGGUCCACCUCGUCUCCAUUUCUCAUCUUGCAAUGGUGGGCCUCCUCUCCCCUCAAAUUCCCGCAAUCGAUGGCCAAAUCUCUUAUCUGGAUGGAAGUCGUCCCGGAAGUCAUCUGGUCGAUCAAAGUCAUCAUGGAAAUCUGGGUGAGGUCCUCGUCUAUCUGGCAUGCCCCUGCUGUCUCUACCAUCACCCCACUCCUGGCCACCUCGAAACAACCCUCUCUCAGGCCCAUGAUCAGGGCCACCACUGUUCUGGUCGUGCCUUCUAUCUGAGAGAGGGCCCAUGUGGUGGUUUGGUGGACCACGGGAGUCACCUUGAGGGAAAAAACCAUAGCAGAUUUCUGUAAUUUUUCCUAAAAAAUGCUCUAGGACGUUUUAGUUUCUACAGUUCUACAAAGCAUACACCAUACAUUUCACAUUAAGGAAUUCUGGGGGAAAAGCUUUUCUUCUGUAUUCCAGCCCAAGUCUACUGUAGCUUCCCUCUCAAUCCGGACCCUUCGUUGUGCUGUAGCCUUUUCUAUCUAGAGGGUCUGCACUGGAACAGCAUCUUUUUGGAGAACUACUCACAGAAGAACGGACAGUGCAUUUAAUUACCUUUAUUAAGGCCAGGUCCUUGGUUGUGGGGGCCAAGACGACCUUGUCCUCCCUGCUGCCCCAGUCCUGGUAUCAGUGGUGGAGGACCUGGGUUCUGUCCGUCCUGUUAGUGUACGGUAAGAAAAGCCAUCUGAAUUAGCAUGCGUGAGUAUUCUUGCUUCUGAGCCUUUUGUAAGGCAGCAAACCAAAUUCCUUUAUUGGAACAGUGCAUCUUCACAGACCUUAUGACAGCAGCAGCUGAUUUUCAAUUGGUUUCAGCCUGAUUUUUUUCACAUUCACAUCAGUGACGCUUUUGUUUCCUGAGGAUCAUACACAAUUAUCUAGAAAACUUAUGACUAAUCUUUUAUCCAUAACAACCAAAAGAUAAUAAAGCUCCUGUUUUCUAUGCCUGUUAGAGAAGGCGAGAGAACUGCAUGCAUCUGCUGGAAAAGCACCAGGUGCUGAUGUGUAUGCUGCAGAUACAGACCCAGGAGGGAUCGCAGCAGGUACCAGGUUACCCCAUGCCUCCUCUGACCAUGUGGGUUUUUUUCAUACUCUGUACCUACUUUCUGUGAAAGACCAUCUUUUAUUAUUAAUUAUUUUAGAGAGAGGGUCGAGGAGCAACACUGAGAGUUCAUUUGUGCAGUUUUUCUGUUGCAUCUUGAAAUACUGGUUUUAAAUUAUACUUUUGUAUUGAACUGCAAUGGAGGUAAUAAUCACAAAAAUACACAUAAACAGGUGCUACAAACAGCACCUUUGCACUGAAUGUUUUUGUAAAAUUUUUGGGAAAAUAAAAGCAGAAUAGAAGGCCUGGUUCCAAUGUUUGUUACAGGAGAAAAAAGCACGAACCUCUUUGAGUGGUUGAAUGGUGAGCGGAGUCAGAAGAAUAGCUCCCUGUCCAGGAAGGACAAAGCUGUCACCAUCCCUGAACAAAGCCUUGCUGGAGCUCCACCACUUCUCAUGUAUUUAAUGCAAGAUUACUUACAAUAAACUGUUGAACUUCUUAA